UCCAAGAGGAAGAUUUAAAGGAAGAGGAAGACAUAAAGGAGGAGGAAGAAGAUGAUGAUGACAACAAUUCAACUGCUCAGCUUCAGGGCAGCAAUGACACAGGUACAGAUGAAGAACAUGAAGUGGGACCUGAGCCAAAAGGGAACUUCAGUUACCAGAAUUCUCCAGUCAGUCAUAUAUCUAAUCAAGAUGCAGAAAAUGAAUCGCUACUGAGUGAUGGCAGCGACCACGUGACAGAUAUUAAAAGCAUUUGCUCUAGAGAGCCACAGGAUCCAAAAACCAGCGCCCACCCCAAAGCCCAGCAUGAAGCACAUGACUGCAUGGAUAAAAUGACAGCAGUGUAUGCCAACAUACUGUCGGACUCUUAUUGGACAGGCUUAGGGUUGGGUUUCAAGUUGUCUAACUCAGAAAAGAGAAGUUGUGACAACAGAAAUGGAGGUAACAAAGCUGAUUUUGAUUGGCACCAAGAUGCAUUGUCAAAAAGCUUACAACAGAAUUUACCUUCCAGACCUGUCUCAAAACCUAACCUGUUCAGUUCAGUCCAGCUCUACAGGCAGAGCAGCAAAAUGUGUGGAGCUGUAUUCACAGGUGCUAGCAGGUUUAGGUGCAGGCAGUGCAGUGCUGCCUACGACACUUUGGUGGAACUAACGGUUCAUAUGAAUGAAACAGGUCAUUACCAAGAUGACAACCAUAAAAAGGACAAGCACAGACCUACCAGCUACUCAAAGCCCCGAAAAAGGGCAUUCCAGGACAUGGACAAGGAAGAUGCACAAAAAGUUCUUAAAUGUAUGUUCUGUGGUGACUCUUUUGAUUCCCUUCAAGAUCUGAGUGUUCAUAUGAUAAAAACAAAACAUUACCAAAAAGUGCCUUUGAAGGAGCCGGUACCAACCAUUUCUUCAAAAAUGGUCACUCCUGCAAAGAAACGUGUGUUUGAUGUUAACAGGCCUUGUUCCCCCGAUUCCACAACGGGAUCUUUCUCCGAUACUUUCUCCCCUCAGAAGAAUGCAAACCUGCAGUUACCAUCUAACAACCGGUAUGGCUAUCAAAACGGUGCCAGCUACACAUGGCAGUUUGAGGCCUGUAAAUCCCAGAUUUUGAAGUGUAUGGAAUGUGGAAGCUCACAUGACACCUUGCAGCAACUUACUACCCAUAUGAUGGUCACUGGACAUUUUUUGAAAGUCACAAGUUCGGCUUCAAAAAAGGGAAAGCAACUAGUUUUGGAUCCUUUAGCUGUGGAAAAGAUGCAAACGUUGUCUGAAGCACCAGCCAAUGACAGCCCGGUUUCAAAAACAACCAGUAAAUCAUCUUCAGAAUGCAUAACUCCCACCUCUGAACUAAAAAAGGAAGCUAAAAAAGAUAAGACUGAUGAUAUAAACAAGGAUGAAAAAGUGGUGAAAACUGAAGAGUAUGAAGACACACUUCAGAAACCACUGGAUCCUACAAUGAAAUACCAGUACCUCCGAGAAGAAGAUUUAGAGGAUGGUUCAAAGGGUGGUGGGGACAUUUUAAAGUCACUGGAGAACACUGUCACAACAGCCAUCAAUAAAGCUCAAAAUGGAGCUCCCAGCUGGAGUGCAUACCCUAGUAUCCAUGCAGCUUAUCAGCUUUCAGAAGGAGCUAAGCCGUCUUUGCCUGCGGGUUCCCAAGUGCUCCAAAUCAGGCCAACAAUCACCAAUAAACUGAGGCCCAUCGCUCCAAAGUGGAAGGUCAUGCCCGUGGUCCCUAUCUCAGCAAAUGUGGCCCAGUGCACUCAAGUGAAGAAGGAAACUGAGGACAAAGAAGAUGUACUAAAAGACUAUGCUAAAGACGGUAUCCAAGCUGAACCUGCCCCACUCUGUCAAAAUGAAAGAGAACCUCCCCUCAAAUGUGAAGCCUCUGUGGAGCAAAAAAAGACAGAACCAUGUCCCUUGAAAGAAGAGGACAAAAUAAAAGAGGACAGUGGAAAAGAAAAAACAGUCCUCAAGGAAUCAACAGCAGCUUCUCUUAGUAAUGGUUGUGCUGCUGCCAACCAUUCCUCUGAACUGCCUUGUGUCAACCCACUUAGUGCCCUCCAGUCUGUACUGAAUAAUCACUUGGGCAAAGCCACUGAACCUUUACGGCCCCAAUCCAACUCCAGCCCCAGCUCUAGCACAAUUUCUAUUUUCCACAAACCUAAUUUAAAUAUGAUGGAGAAGCCAGUUUUAUCUCCUGCGCCAACCCCACCAAAGCCUGCAAGUGUGUCCAGGCACUAUCUAUUUGAAAACAAUGAUCAGCCUAUUGAUCUGACCAAAUCUAAAGGCAAGAAAGCGGAGUCAGCUCAAGCACAAUCUUGCACUUCUCCACCUCAGAAACAUGCUCUUUCUGACAUUGCUGACAUGGUCAAAGUUCUUCCCAAAGCUACUACACCAAAACCUGCUGCAUCUUCAAGAAUCCCAUCUAUGAAAUUGGAAAUAGAUGUCCGACGCUUUGAGGAUGUCUCAACAGAAGUCUCUACUCUGCAUAAAAGGAAGGGCAGACAGUCAAACUGGAAUCCUCAGCAUCUUCUUAUUUUGCAAGCUCAGUUUGCUUCCAGUCUCUUUCAGACUUCCGAAGGUAAAUAUUUAUUAUCAGAUCUAGGCCCACAAGAGCGCAUGCAAAUUUCAAAAUUUACUGGACUGUCAAUGACCACCAUUAGCCAUUGGUUGGCAAAUGUCAAGUACCAACUUAGGAAAACUGGAGGAACAAAGUUUUUGAAAAACAUGGACAAAGGGCAUCCGAUCUUUUAUUGCAGCGACUGUGCGUCUCAGUUUCGAACCCCAUCUACUUACAUUAGCCACUUAGAAUCUCACCUAGGUUUCCAAAUGAAAGACAUGAACAGACUGGCAGUGGAGCAGCAAACCAAGGUAGAGCAAGAAAUCUCCAGAGUUUCAGUUCAAAGAUCUCCUGAAACAAUAGCUGGAGAAGAGGACACAGACUCUAAGUUCAAAUGACACAUGCCUUAGUUCCAGCUCUCCAGCCCAGGCUUCCCGCACUCAGCCCGUCUCUCCGUGUCACUCCGAUCCUGACAUUGAACUCGCCACAACCCGUACCGAGAAGACUGCCAAAAAAACUCCAGCUAUUCUUCUUCAUCCUCACUAACAAUUUGGUAAUGAAGUAUUGAUUUCCACUCCCCUGCUUAUGGACGAUAUUAGAUUUUCAUUGAUAAACUGCGCUGGGGCUGUCUGGUCUCCACUGUCCCUUUUUGCUGUCACUAAAACAAAGUGCCACUGAAGUAAGAUAAUGACUGAGAACAUUGAUGUACUUAUUUCGUCAAUUUGUAACACUUGACAGGAAAAAAAAAAAUCUUCAUAGUUUAAUGUCCAAGCGUGCUACACAAGAUGCAGUCGUGUUGGAAGCUUUACUUUUCAUGGUAAUGUCCAUUUCCUAUUUACAACCCCUCUGGGAUAGUUUGUCUAAAGGAAAUGUUUCUAUUCAGUGCAGCUAUUACUGCUGCACCUGGGUUGCCCAAUCCAGUCAUUGCACUAGGGAUCAAUACAUCACCAUAAGUACAAGAAUUAUUAAGUUAAAACAGAUUCUGAGCCAAAAAACCUCUGAACAAUGUUAAUCUUCUGUGCAAGUUGUUCAAAUAGUUAUGCUUAACCAUGUUGCUGCCAAAGAUUUGUUUAAAAGGGAUUAUUUUCAGUUUGUUUUAUUCCUCAGAUAUAUAUAUAUAUAUUUAAAUCUCCAUUACGGUUUAUGAGGAGACGUAUGCGAUGGAGCGGUUUUGAAACAAAAGCACUAUUGUUAGAUUAUUGAACAUUAUAUAAAUAUAGG